AUGAGUUUAUCAUCUCCACCAGCCUUUAACUUUUCUUUGCUCCCAUCAAACUUGAUUCCGGGGGACGCGAAUCCUCCGUGGAUGAGCAAAGGUGACAAUGCAUGGCAACUUGUAGCAGCCACCUUAGUGGGGCUACAAAGUGUACCAGGCCUUAUAAUACUCUAUGGAGGAGCAGUUAAAAAAAAAUGGGCAGUAAAUUCAGCUUUCAUGGUUUUAUAUGCCUUUGCUUGUGUGCUACUAUGUUGGGUUUGUUGGGGAUAUAGAAUGUCAUUUGGAGAAAAACUAAUACCAAUAUGGGGUAAAAUAGACGUUGCGUUAGAACAAGAUUACCUCUUCCAGAAAGCAUUUCUGGGGAUGUUUCCUAACGCGACUAUGGUGUUUUUCCAGUUUGUAUUCGCGGCUAUCACUUUGGUUCUGAUAGCGGGUGCAUUGCUUGGAAGGAUGAAUUUUUAUGCUUGGAUGUUGUUUGUACCAUUGUGGCUAACAUUUUCUUAUACUUUUGGUGCAUAUACUAUUUGGUCAUCUAAUGGUUGGUUGUCUGUUAAUGGUAUUAUUGACUAUUCUGGUGGAUAUGUCAUUCAUCUCUCUUCUGGUGUAGCUGGUUUUACUGCUGCUUAUUGGGUGGGUCCAAGAUCAACCAAGGACAGAGAGAGAUUUCCACCAAAUAACAUACUUCUGAUGUUGGCUGGGGCAGGACUCCUGUGGAUGGGGUGGUCAGGGUUCAAUGGAGGUGAUCCAUAUGCAGCCAACAUUGAUGCAUCCUUGGCCGUGUUAAACACACAUGUUGCUGCUGCUACAAGCUUGUUAACAUGGCUCGUUCUUGAUGUCAUCUUCUUUGGAAAGCCUUCUGUUAUUGGUGCUGUCCAAGGCAUGAUCACUGGCUUAGUUGCAAUCACACCUGCUGCAGGUGUUGUACAGGGAUGGGCAGCCAUAGCUAUAGGACUAUGUUCAGGCUCAAUUCCAUGGUUCACAAUGAUGGUAGUCCAUAAGAAAUCUGAGCUUCUUCAAAAAGUGGACGACACAAUGGCUGUCUUCCACACCCAUGCUGUGGCUGGAUGCCUAGGAGGACUCCUCACGGGGCUCUUUGCUCACCCGAGACUAUGUUACCUUUUCUAUGGCUACUAUAACAACUAUUAUGGCCUCUUCUAUGGGCUUCACGACGGACAAGCCCACAAAGGACUCAGGCAAAUGGGUCUCCAACUUCUUGGGAUUCUGUUCAUCGUGGUGGUGAACGUUGUGAUGACAAGCUUGAUAUGUUUGUUGGUGCAGCUCAUUGUACCACUCAGGAUGUCAGAGGAAGAUAUGGAAAUUGGAGAUGAAGCUGCACAUGGUGAGGAAGCUUAUGCUAUUUGGGGACAAGGUGAUAGGCUUGAGAAAUCUGCAGGAUUUUCUGAUACUGCUGCUGGAGCUGCUAAGUCUAGUUAUAAAACGUCUAGAAGUCAGGUCGAAAUGGUCUAAUUCAAAGUAACUUCGCGAUACUGGUGAUAUACUAAUGCAUUUCUUGUGAUGUGUGUUUUCUUAAAUUCUGGUUUAGUUUUCUUUUGUCAUAAGAAUAUAACUGAUCAUAAUGAUGUCAAGUGGUCAAUUUGAACUAGCUGCAGGCUGCAAGAGUGCUUUUGGCAUUCAUUGAAUGUAUUUCCUGAGGAAGUGAAAAUAAUUAAUAAGAAAUACAAGGUUUCAUCUUCUUGUUAUA